AAUAAAAGACACCUUCAACAUGGAACGUCAUAAGGCUGACUGUUGCAAAUGCCAUAAGCAGGUUCAGCCAGCUCAGCAAACAAUCAGCGACAUGGAUUUUGAUCGUGGAAUAUGGAAGGCUGCUAUUUAUAAUGAAGUGGAACGCGUGAAACAAUUUAUAGCGAAAGGCAAAACAAUGGACCGUGAUGACUGCGGUUAUACGGCUUUACACUAUGCGGCUCGGAAUGGUAACGAACAAAUCUGUAAAAUGCUAAUCGAGGAUGGUAAGGCUGAUGUCAAUGCGCGAACCAAAGGCGGUGUGGCUCCUUUGCAUCGAGCUGCUAUGAUGGGUCACGUUACCAUCGCCAAACUAUUAGUGGAUUCGAAGGCUGCAAUUGACCUGCAAGAUGACGACGGUGAAACUGCUUUACAUCGGGCCGCUGCGUCGGGUCAUUUGGAAAUCUGCAAAUUAUUGCUUGAAUUGCAACCGCAACUUAAAGAUAUCGCAGAUAAUAAAGACAAGAUACCUUUUGAGUAUUUGGCAAAAAACGCAAAUGAUGACUUCAAAAUAUUAUUGAAACCUUGAAAGGAGGAGUAAAAAAAAGGAGAAGAUUAUUGUUCUUUAAAAAAAAGGCAUUACCAAAAUGAUUAAUUGUCAUCUUUUACAACAAAUAUAACAAUAAUAUCUUUACCUAUACAUGAAUAUACAUAUAUAUAUACAUAUAUAUAAUAUAUACAUAUAUAAAAUAUUAAAUUAUAUAUCCAGAUAUAAUCGCUAAAUUCCUAUGAGUAAGUUGAAUAAUUAUUAAAAGAGUGUUUAGUGUUUGGUUAAAACCUUUUUCUUUUCGAGUUUUGUUAUUGUUGUUAUUAUUAUUGUUGUUAGCAUUAUUUUUAUAAUAUAUAUUUUUUUUUUU